UGAAGCUGGACCUGUGCUGCUGAUCACAGAAUCCAAGGAUGGAUGGUCAGGGAAUCUUGUGCUUGUUGGAGGUUCUGUGCGGACACCAUCGGGACCAACAGGCCCUGUAGUAGAAACUAACGACACUGGCUGCACUGAGGUCUUUCCUGUGGCUGCUCAGUUCAGUUUACCACACGGUGUGAUGGAUCCCAGUGUGAGUUGAAUUGUGCUCAGGGUUAUCAAAUCCUGAUAAUAACCCCUAUGAACUUCAGGAAGUAGUCGCGUCCAAUGGGUCGCGAAGUAACGGAACACCUGUGAGGAGGUGUCCGCGCGCCGGCUGCUGUGGAGUUUAGGCCGCGCGCAGGGAGACAGCGCGCGCCGCUUCCCGAGCAGGACAUGGGAGAGCUGCACGCGCUGUAAGCGCGCACCGAUUCAGAGAGGAGAGGAUUUCACCGGGCCGGGCCGGACCGGACCGGACCGGACCACACCGCCAACAUGAAGGAGAAAUCCAAAAAUGCGGCCCGAACACGUCGGGAGAAGGAAAACGGCGAGUUUUAUGAACUGGCCAAGCUGCUGCCGCUUCCUUCUGCCAUCACCUCCCAGCUGGAUAAAGCCUCAAUCAUCCGCCUGACCACCAGCUACCUGAAGAUGAGAACCGUGUUUCCUGAAGGCCUUGGAGAGUCCUGGGGUCAUGUCAGCCGGAGUUCUCUGGAUGGUGUAGGCCAGGAAUUAGGCUCCCAUCUCUUACAGACCUUAGAUGGAUUCAUUUUUGUGGUUGCUCCAGAUGGGAAAAUAAUGUAUAUAUCAGAGACAGCGUCAGUGCACUUGGGCCUGUCACAGGUAGAGUUGACAGGAAACAGCAUUUAUGAAUACAUUCAUCCAGCAGACCAUGAUGAAAUGACAGCGGUCCUCACAGCCCACCAACCUUACCAUUCUCAUUUUGUACAAGAGUAUGAGAUGGAGCGCUCCUUCUUCCUAAGAAUGAAAUGUGUUCUGGCUAAAAGAAAUGCUGGUCUCACCUGUGGAGGCUACAAGGUCAUCCACUGCAGCGGCUACCUGAAGAUCCGUCAGUACAGCCUGGACAUGUCUCCAUUUGACGGCUGCUAUCAGAACAUCGGUCUGGUGGCCGUUGGUCACUCGUUGCCACCCAGCGCUGUGACAGAAAUCAAGCUGCAUAGCAACAUGUUCAUGUUCAGAGCCAGCUUGGACAUGAAGCUCAUCUUCCUCGACUCACGUGUUGCAGAACUAACUGGCUACGAGCCUCAGGAUCUCAUCGAGAAGACCCUCUAUCAUCACGUGCACAGCUGUGACGCCUUCCACCUGCGCUGUGCACAUCACCUGUUGCUGGUGAAAGGUCAAGUCACCACAAGGUAUUACCGUUUCUUGGCCAAACAAGGUGGCUGGGUCUGGGUUCAGAGUUAUGCAACUAUUGUGCACAACAGCCGCUCAUCCCGACCUCACUGCAUCGUCAGUGUCAACUAUGUCCUCACGGAAACAGAAUAUAAUGGCCUUCAGCUUUCUCUGGAUCAGGCUACAUCCAAGGCCUCCCUCCCAUUUAGCAGCAAUGGCGCCACCAACAGCCUUCCAGAGAACUGCAAAACCCUCAAGAGCAGAGCGAUGCGACCCAAAACCAAAUCUAGACUUUCACCGUACACACAGUAUCCCAGCUUCCAAGCAGAUCGAUCAGAAUCUGACCUGGACAGUCCAUGGGGCAGCAGUCCCCUCACAGACUCAGCUUCCCCUCAGCUGGAACCCAGUGAAGGCAUGGACGCCUCAUACAGCUACAGGAACUUUUCUGAUCCACGCAGCCUCUGCUACAGCUUGUCUGAGGAGCAUCAUCACACCACCAGCAGUAUUCACACGCACUUUCACACACAUGGUCAAGAGCAGAGUUGUGAGAGGGGUCGAUGUGAUGCGGGCAGAUAUUUUCUUGGAGCUCCUCCAGCCAGCAGGGAGACGUGGUUCGGCACAGCCCGGCCCUUCAUACCACUGACUAAGAGUUGCUUGGACAACAGUGAUGGAUACAGCAACAGUGUGGCACGCGUCUCAGCAAUCCAGAGCAGCCAAGGCCGAGCCCACUGGGAGGAAGACAGUAUAGUCAGUUCCCCAGAUGGAGGCUCAGCUAGUGACUCAGGGGAUCGGUAUCGACCAGAUCGCUACUCCUGGAGCCCAGAGGAACCCAGUAAGAUUGAGACUCUGAUCAGGGCAACGCAGCAGAUGAUCAAGGAAGAGGAGAGUCGAAUGCAUUUGCUCAAGGGCUUUGAAGAUACAUCACCAGGUCUUGCCAACGGACUUCACAGGGGCACUGCUUCAGGCUUUACUUCAGAAUACACUCAAGGUUCCUUACAAACUAUGGUGUACCGAAGUUUUAAUCAAGUGAUAAGCCCUGCUCCUAGCCCUACCCCUCUAUCUAGACUUAGCAGUCCUGGUGCUGAGCGUUUCCACAAGCCCAAAGACUACCUCCAGGUCGACAUGACUCCCCUAUCUUUGCAGUUACACCACCCAUUUGGUCGGUUGGGUGCAUGCUCAGCUUCCCCCACCCCCGCCCCUGCAGUCUACCCCUCCCACAGUCACUCGCGACCCUAUUUAGACAAACAUCCUGCAUAUUCCCUGACAGGCUACACUCUGGAGCACCUGUAUGACCCUGAGAACCUGCGGGGCUACUGUACCUCUGCUAGCACUGACCCCCCACUACGAUAAAUUCCUUGUACCAGGAGAACAAAACCCUGGUCAUAA